AGCUGUGCUCUCAUAUGGGGUCAUGUACCCUUUAGUUGGUAAGCUUAAAGGACAAUGGUACCCUGAUAAUCUAGAAGAAACCAACAUGAAGGGCUUAUAUGGCUAUAAGGUUUUUCUGUCAAUUGCUCUAAUCCUGGGUGAUGGCAUAUACAACUUCACCAAGAUUUUAGUUGCCACAGUUAAUGGCAUAAUUGACAAGAUGAAGCACUAUAACGAUCGGAACCAAAAGAACGCAGUAGCAGCUGAGCAGCAAGGGUAUCCAAAUGGAAACAUUAAACAGACUGAGUUGUUCCUCAAGGAGAACAUUCCCAUGUGGAUUGGAAUAGUUGGAUACCUUGUUUUCACAGUCAUUUCGACAAUUUUGAUCCCGCUUAUGUUUCCCCAGCUCAAAUGGUACUUUGUCGUGGUUGCUUACAUUUUCGCUCCAGCUCUUGCCUUCUGUAAUGCUUUUGGAGCUGGUCUCACAGACAUAAACAUGGCGUAUAACUAUGGCAAAGUUGCACUCUUUAUGAUGGCAGCUUUGAGCGGGAAAGAAAAUGGUGUUGUGGCGGGACUGGUGGGUUGUGGUGUGAUUAAAUCAGUGGUUUCAGUUUCUUGCAUUCUGAUGCAAGAUUUCAAAACUGCUCAUUACACCUUAACCUCUCCCAGAGCAAUGUUCAUGUGCCAAGUAAUUGGCAUUGCAAUGGGAUGUGUAACAGCUCCUCUGAGCUUCUUCUUGUACUACAAGGCAUUCAAUGUGGGAGACCCUAAUGGAGAAUUCAAGGCUCCUUAUGCACUGAUAUACCGAAACAUGGCAGUUAUAGGUGUUGAAGGCUUCUCAGCAUUGCCUCAUCAUUGCUUGCAGCUUUGCUAUGCAUUCUUUGCUUUUGCUGUGGCAGUAAACGUAGUGAGGGAUCACUCGCCUAAAAAGAUAGCAAAAUGGAUGCCAUUACCAAUGGUAAUGGCAGUGCCAUUCCUAGUUGGGGCAUACUUUGCAAUUGACAUGUUCAUGGGAACUGUGAUUGUGUUCUUGUGGCACAAGAUUAACGACAAGAAGGCAAAGUUGAUGGUUCCGGCAGCUGCUUCUGGACUAAUUUGUGGGGAGGGACUUUGGACUCUUCCUGCAGCCAUUCUUGCUCUUGCAAGGAUCAAUCCUCCAAUUUGCAUGAAAUUUGUCCCUUCCUAGAACUCAAUCAGUAUCAAGCAAUGAAUACAUAUAUCACUCAGGCUUUCUAGUGCCAUAGGAAUUAGAUAGCAGUUUCCGAUGCUCACACCAAACAUGGGAUGCAACACAUUUGGGUCAGCUAUUACGGUUGGCACCAGAAAACUGUGUAAUACACAAUUCUGUGAAUUCAAUGACAAAAAUAAGGCCUGUAUCUUGCACCCAUCUCUUGCAAGUGCAUCCCAACACCCCAACCA